AUGGGGAGAAGGAAGAUGAGAAGGAAGCUAGGGGCGAGAUUCGGAGGUAGCGGUCAGAUGAGACGGACAAACAGGAUGAGGAAACCUUAUGAACCAACGAAGAAGGAAAAUUGUGAGGAUGUGCAGGUGUAUCCAACCGAAACUCCGCUUUGGGCGGGGUGCAGUAGUACGAACCAACAACUUGGGAAUACGAAGGUUAAGUGUAGGAAAUUCGAAAAGAUGCGAUGGGUAGCCUUGUUGAUGACAGUAGUUUUGCCAGAGUCGAAGUGA